AUGCUUGCCUCCCAUAUUGGAGCCACCGCAAUAUCGCCCAUGAUGGGAGACGAUACCAUGGAGAUCUCAUCAGACCAUGGCCAUCACGGCGCCGAUGAUGAAAUAGAUAUUGACAUCGACUUGACCGCUAGCUACGCAGACGAUGAUUACAUGCUUGAAGAUACCGGGUCAACCGCCGGCUUUGGAGGCGAUCCCAUCACACAACACUCGCCAGCAACUCAUGAUGAUCUGAUGGUUGACGAAUACCCAGAGGCAUAUACAAUGGAGGAUGAAGACGUUGAAUUUGAUGGCGAUGACCAGCAAAUGGACGCAGACACAAAUAUUGUGCAGGAGGCGAUGGCUGACGCACCCGCGGAACCAGAAGAGAGUAACAUGGCGGAAGCAAGCACCGACUCAUCCAGGGGCCCAGAAACAAAUAAUAUGCCACAUCAAAUGGCCGAUACACUGCAUUCCACCAGAGAUCCAGAGACACCGAUAGUCCAGGGCAAUUCAACUGAGGUGGUUGAAGCUGUUUGGCAUCAGCAGGGAACCUCCGAAACGGCAGUCGAAGUGAAUUAUUCCAAAGACGGCUCUGAAGAUACAGGUAGUCAUGAUGUUGAUCACUCCGAUGUCCAGGAACCUGCCAAGCUGGUAUCCGAGAAUAGCGAUCCAUCACCCACUCCGCAAGACAGAACUUCUCCAGCAUCUAUUACGAAGGUCCCUUCACUGUCCCCCGGCCCAGCUUCUGACCAUGACGCCGAAACAGCUAACCCACAUGUGCCCGAACAACUUGAUACAGCUAACGAUCACGAGCCUGAAGAAGGCGCCAAAACUACCAAUGAAAAUGAAGCAACAAAUGCAAACAGCCCGAUUACGGCUCCUGAUGUAGUUGUUGUCUAUCAGUCUAUGGAGUAUUCCUUGUUCUCGAAGUCGGAAGACGAUAACCCGGAUUCGUUUUUCCUAUCGGACUUAAAAGUUCUUGAAAGCUCCCUAGACGUAUUUUUCGAGGACAUUCGGAAUGUUAUCCAUGAAGACCUCGCUGAUGAAGAUGAGUUAUGCCUGUCUGUGGAGGACCUUGGGCUUGAAAUUGAAGAGGUCCGUCUCCCUACAAACUGCAUGUAUUUAUCUCAGCUGACCACAAUGGAGCAGAAUUCUACCCUAUUUCGAGAGCAUACUCUUGGAGACAUUAUUGGUGUUUAUAAUAAGCUAUUAUCGAACGAUGAUCGGCAGUCCUCCCGACCCUUGUAUAUGAGCAUCGGAGCAAGGCCGAAUUUCUCUAAGCGGCUUGUAGUCCUUACGUCGGGCGCUGCUGAAGGUAAAGGCCUCUCUGAGAUGAUAUCCUUCGAUGAUGGCAGUGAAGGCAUCGACGACUUAGAAGCUGCAGAUCAUAACGUAGAACGAUACGAGGAAACUGCUGAAACAACGAGUCUCGAAGAACUCGAUGCCGGGAAAGGUAAGACCAUGGAGAAGACAAUCCCCGAGAGCGAGGAUAUGACUGUAUCGACAUCCCGAACAUCUCCGCUUAUCAACGAUCCGGAACCCCUAGGACGAGAGGCUAGCCUUGACCUGGACCGUGACAAUAUCGGGCCUGGAGCUCAUGAGGAAUCCAAUCAAGGGCCAGCCACUAGUACCUUGGGCCGAACAAACCAGCGAGUUCCGCCGGACGAUUACCUAGAUGCUAGUGCGGGGCAUGUUGAAGAAGAAGAUUUGAUUGAUUAUUCAGAUGAAGAAUAUCAAGAGGUCACUGAGCCUCCAGCUGAUCAAAAGAGAACACAUAAUGGUACAUCUACAGAUUUCUUUUCCCCAUGUCUCAAACCUAAUGCAUGCUUUUGUUCUAAAUGCGCCUAUCUUCUACUUGCAGAAUACGAAGAAAUCAACGAGGAACUGCGCCGACGCUCCGUAUCGCCGGCCGCCGAGGAGAGUCAACUUGAACUUUCUAGGAAUAUCGCGCCACUUGGCGCCGAAAAACGCCAAGAACUCCACAACGGCGCCGAGGAUGAAGCACGGAGUGAGGAUGGAGCGGAAGAAAUAUUUGACGAUGGAACCAUGCAAGCUGGGGACGAAGGCCUAAGGGCAGACAACAUCGAUGGUGGGAGUGUGCAUGAGAAGUAUCAGGAUGAACCCCUUACUCACGAAGAUUCGGAGAAUGGCGAGCCAGCCGUAGAAUACGGCAUAGCGAUAGCCUUUAACGGAGACGAUGCUGAAGAGGCUGUUUAUGAUGAUGAAAGCAACCACCAGGAUCCCGAAGACGAAAUCGAGAUAUACGAGGAAGACCACCGACAAACCCCCGCAUCUAGCGGUCUGGAGCCUGGCGAUAUAGCUGAGUCAAGUGCUACCCUAAGUGUAGAUGAGCCACGACACGAAGAGUAUAUCGAUGAAUAUGGCAAUGACGAACCGAAACCAACCGACGAAGUUCACGAGUUGGAGGUUGUCACCAAUAACGUGGUCGAUGAAGAGCAAGACGAGAUCGAUUAUGAAGAUGGAGAGGACGAGAAGGAGCAAAGCUCUACCAAACCAGAGAACCCUCUUCCAUCAAUGGCUGGGGGAGGGCUAAAAAGACCUCUGUCCGAUCUAGAGACUGGAGGUGCCGAGACUAGCAAAGAAGCCAAACGCACUCGGUCAUGA